GUGCUGUAGUCGCGCGGGGCUGCGUGGCAAAGCGGAGUGCGAGCGGGGCUUCGAACCGCGCCUGGCUUCUUCCCCUCUGCAUGGGCCGCGUGCGGGCCCUGAGCGUUCGCACUGUGAUGGAUGGGCCCGGGCUGAGGAGCGCGGCCCUCCUGUGGCGUUAAAGCCUGUUCGGUUCAUGGGGGGAUUUGAGGCAAAAAGCCCAGAAUCAGCAUUUACAGCGGGACAGGAGGAUCCCGGGGGUGUCCUGUGCAAAAAGGCACGGGCGACGUUACAGCCUUCGGCAUGCGUUCCGUCAGAGUGUUCGUGCUGCCAGGAGACUUGGUCACAAAUGUCAAAAAAGAAAGGGAAAAAAAAAAAAAAGGGUGAUUUUGCUUAUUUAACUCAUGCAGAAUGGCGGCUGUAGUUCUGAAUCCUCAGUGUGGUUCCCAGGUGGUUGUACUGCAGAUGGGAGAUGGAGCACAGGCAGUCACUGUGUCCACCAGCUCUGUUUGCACCUUAUAGGUGUUCCAAAGCAGCUCAGCUGACAUUGAGCAACAUCUGAGUUGCCCAACACAGUCACCAUAUCUCCCCAAAAAGGAGCUGUAAGCAGAUUUUCCAUGGGAUAUAACAGCUUCUGCCAUGUAGCCCUGCUUGUGUGCCCCAAAUGUUCGCUUUGGUGGCUGCUUAUUUAAAGAAAAAACAUGUGCCAACCCAAAGGCUGAGAACCCACAAGUUGGGUGCCUUAUAGCCACGGUGUGGCAAUGGAAGGUGAUGCGUUUCUGAAUGCAGGUCAGGUCUGAAGCGAUCAGGUUGGUUCUCAGUUAAAAGGCUGCAGUGUGUCUGGGGUUACCCAGCGGGAUGCAGGUGUUGUGUUGGAGCCUAACGCAGCUGAAAACACAACCGGAAUCUCAGCUGGGCAUUUCCUGAGGUAGUGGUGGAGGGGCUCGGGUCUGGAUUACAGUCUGAAUUACAAGCAAUAUGAAGGAAUAAUGAUAUUGCGUGAGCUUCAGCAUCCCACUGCUGUGAGUCUGCAUGUCUGCAUGCUUUUCUUGCCGUUCAGCUGAUACGUGAGGAGCCAAGCAGCUGGAGCACCGUGGGGAUGGCAUCCUGCAGAAUUACAUCGACUGUUUGCUUCCGAUGCAGCGUGCCGUGGCUGAUCCUUUCUCUGGAAGCUGUCUUCAUCGUCCUCGUUUAUUUUCUGUUCUCAGACCAGUAUGCAUUACUUUACUACACAGAUUUGCAGGAUGUCAGCCACAUGCUCAUUUUUGGAUUUGGCUUUUUCCUGACGUUUUUGAAACGAUACGGGUUUAGCAGUGUGGGAUUCAACCUCCUGAUCAUCGUGCUUGGUGUCCAGUGCUCCAUUCUGAUGGAAAAUGUAUCAGUUUUCCCAACAGAAAGAACAGUGGAAGAUGUGUUCAGAAUAACGGGAGCUGCUAUGAGCGUGGUUGCUGUGGUCAUCUCCAUUGGAGCUGUUCUUGGGAAGAUCAAUCCCAUGCAAUCCAUCGUGAUGACAGUUGUGGAGAUAAUAGUUUUCCGUAUGAGCAGAUGGAUCAACAUGCACGUCCUGAAGGUUUCAUACCAUGUAUGCAUGAUGCACGUUCACCUGUUUGGGGCCUACUUUGGCCUGGCUGUCUCCUCACGUUUCCCUGAGCCAUCACCGAGGGCUGAGAAGAAUGCAAGUACUUCAAAAUCGGACUUACUGUCAAUGUUGGGCACUCUCUUUCUGUGGGUGUUCUGGCCAAGCUUCAAUUCUGUACUGGCUCCAGAAAAGAAUAAGUUGAUCUUUAACACCUACUUAGCACUUGCAGUGAGUGCUGUAACUGCCUUUGCGUUGUCUGGUCUGAUCACAAAGGAUGGAAAAUUCAGGAUGACUCAUAUCCAUAGUGCAGCACUGGCUGGUGGGGUUGCUAUUGGUUAUGCAGCAGACAUUAUCGAGUAUCCCUGGAUUGCAAUGAUUUUGGGUCUCCUUGCUGGUGUGAUAAGCACGCUAGGAUCUUUCUGUUUACAGAGUUGCUUGAACCCUACUCUCAAGAUUCAUGAUGCAUCUGGGGUUCAUUUCACGUUUGGUUUGCCUGCUGUGUUUGGAGCUCUUGCCCGAGUUCUUUUCUGUGUGCUGGAAAUCCAGACUAAAUCACCAAGCAUUGGCCACGAGGUCGCAAUGAGCAUCGGUGCCUUCUGCUUCACCAUCAGUGCUGCCCUGAUAACGGGUCUGAUUACAGGUUUAAUCCUAAACCUCAAACUGCUGAAGCCCAUCCCUGUCUCCAAGUAUUUUGAAGACCAGAUGUACUGGGAGUUUCCUCAUCUGGCUGUUGGAUUUUGAAUGGAUGAACCUAAAUGGAAAACUUGACCAAGAUCUGUAUUUGUCAUUAGAGAAAAUGAGUAGCUACGAUGAAACAGCACUUCACUAUUAGCACACUUAGAAAAGCCUUCCCAAUGGACACGUGAAGAAUUUGCAACAAAACGUCCAUUAUUUCUGAACAAUCAGCACAUAUAUUCACAGAUGGAGAAUUACAACACGUUUUCUUUUCUGUUUUGAUCAUUUUACCUUAAAUAUUUUUGUAGGAUGUGUACAGAAAGCUGCUGUCGUGGCUUAUCCAUUAAAAUGCUUGGAAACUUUUAAAGCUGUAUUUAGUUCUGAAGUUUAAAAGUCCCAAUCUGUGCAGCAUGCAUUUAUUCUAGAAGUGCUGAAGUUCUUGUUUGUAAGUUCAAUGAAGUUCUGCUGAAGGCCUUGUUUUGAUGGCUGAGCCAGAACUCCACACUGUGCCAGGCUGGAAUCGUGUCACCAGACAAAUCUGCUCUUGGCUCAGCCAAGAUUUGGAAGAUCUGAUGGCAAGAAAUGACGAGCAGAACUUGGGUUUGUGCUGGGGGGUGGCCAGCCUGGAAGAUCUGGAAACGAUUCCUUAAACACUGCCAGCUAAAGGCCUCACCUUGAUUUGAAUGAACAAAAGCAGAUAUUGCUUGUAGAGUGCUCCUACCUGCAGGGCUCUGUGCACGAGGCACGGCCUGCUCAGUCAGGGGAUGCAGUGCAGACGUGUUUGUAAAUGCAUGGUGCUCCUGAGCUUUUUCUUCAUUUCAAAAUAGUUGACGUUUUUUUCUUUAACUGCUUACAUAAUUAAAGAAGUGGAACCUUG